AUGGAUAAUUUGCAAUUUGCUGUUGAUUUCUGUGAACCAAUUGUCAGAGACGAGAUAUUUAAUGAUCCUCGACUUCAAGAUCAACAGAUUUUCAAAGAAUUAAUGAUCGAAAGAAACUGCUCAGAUUUAUGUGGUUGGCCAAAGUGUGAUCAUCAUAUUAAAUUAACAGAAGCUGUUCCAAAGGAUCCAGUAUUCUGCAGUACAGCAUGUCGCAACAAAUUCUUCAAGCAUUUCGCUACAGAAGAGGAAGAAGAUGGAGAUCCAGUUCCUGCACCAAUUCCUCUUGGCCCUAUUGUCGAAAAGUUUACAGAUAUGAGGCCACCGAAGAAGCUUACGAAGUUCUCUUCUGAUGAAAUUGAAGGAAAAUACGUCCGUGUUGGACCUUACAGAGAUUUACUUAAUGAAAUCGAAACAUGGGUUGGUGGACUACCUGUAACACCAGAUCGCGGCAUGAAUGACAAACAAGAACGAUUAUUUGAACUUGUUAAUUCAACUUUACAAUCUAUCGAUACAGGACUCAAGAAAACGAAUGCAGUCAUAUACUUCUUCGUUAAUUUACGCGUUAAUGACUUAGCAAUGCUUUUAGACGCAGAUCAAAAUUUCAAAGACGCAUUUUCUUUCGCAAUGUUUGAAACAAUGACUGGCCAAGAUAUGUCGCAUAAUAUAGAAAAGAUUGACUUCAGUUAUAAUACUUACAAAGAUAUUUUAACAAUUUUAGACGUUAUUCCGCCUCAGCCCGAGAAAUAUUAA